GCGGAACUGACGUCAUGACGUUGAAAGUGACAAACAGGAAGUAUCACGCUUCAGUGUGAAUUUGAAACUGGAUGUUACAAAUCGCCACUCAACAUGGUGUUAGAGAGUAUUUCGAAGAUUAUUAAAGUGCAGCUUCCAGCAUAUCUGAAAAAGUUGCCGCUUCCGGAGACCAUCGGAGGCUUCGCGCGACUCACAGUUUCAGAGUGGCUCCGCCUCCUCCCCCUGCUUGGGAUCCUGGCUCUGCUUGGUUACCUGACCAUUAGGCCUUUCCUGCCCAAAAAGCAGAAGCAGAGAGACUGCCUCAUCAACCUGAAGAUCCAGAAGGAAAACCCGAAAGUGGUGAACGAGAUCGACAUCGAAGACCUGCGGAGCACCAACGUCUGCUACUGCCGCUGCUGGAGGUCCAAAACGUUUCCUGUUUGCGACAAAUCGCACAUAAAGCACAACGAGCUGACUGGAGACAAUGUUGGGCCGCUGAUCCUGAAGAAGAAAAUUCUAUAAUCCUGAUAAUUUUAUUAACAAAAAGGAACUUGUACAAUGGUUGUCUGUGUCUCUGUGUCAGCCCUGUGAUGACCUGGCGACUUGUCCAGGGUGUACCCCGCCUUUCGCCCGUAGUCAGCUGGGAUAGGCUCCAGCUUGCCUGCGACCCUGUAGAACAGGAUAAAGUGGCUAGAGAUAAUGAGAUGAGGAACUUGUACGUCCUUUAAAUUUUUUUUGUCUAACUUUGUAGAAAUGAUCUUCUCGACAGUGAGUCUACUGUAGUUGUGUGUCAUGUGUGUGUGGUCAGAUUUCUUUCUUUCUUCCCCCCCCGUUGCUGUAUUUUGUUAUUUAGUAUGUUGAUAUAAAAUACUAAUUUGUGCCUUAGAUUUCAUCUUGUUCUGCUUUCAAAUAUAUUUUUUUCUAAAGUGCUGAAAGUGCAAUAUAACUGGACCACAACUUUCAACUGAAGAACAUUUACCAUGUAAACUGUGUCGUUUGUCAUGAAAAAAAUAAAUUAAAUUUCUAAAGAUGA